UGGGGGUUUUGGGGUGUGUGUGGGGGCAAAGAGAAAGAGUAUUGUCAGAAUGUUGGUGGAUUUUGAAGGUGGUUGUGAGUAAAGGCUUGAGAGAUCUUAUCGCACAGAGACUUUUGGUGGCUGAUGCAGCAUUUAACCACAAGAGGCUUUCGCGUGGUCGGCCUUGUUUGUUAGUGACUGCCGAAGGGGACUGAUGCAUGACCUCAGCUAACCAUCACUGGCUCGAGAAGCAAUCCUCCAGAGUGUCUUCAAAACACUUCGAAUCCCCUCGCCUCAAGGACCUGAAGCACCAUUAUGUUGCUGAAAGAAUAUAGGAUCUGCAUGCCCCUCAGUGUGGAAGAGUACAGGAUAGGACAGCUGUACACCAUCAGCAAGCACAGCCACGAGCAGAGCGACAAGGGCGAGGGGGUGGAGGUGGUCAAAAAUGAGCCGCACGAAGACCCCAUCCAUGGCAAAGGGCAGUUCACGGAGAAGCGGGUCCAUCUGUCCAGCAAACUGCCGAGCUGGGCCAGGGCUGUGGUGCCUCGGAUAUUUUAUAUCACAGAGAAGGCCUGGAAUUAUUAUCCCUACACCAUCACAGAAUACACAUGCUCCUUUUUGCCAAAAUUCUCCAUCUACAUCGAGACAAAGUAUGAAGACAACAAUGGAGCCAGUGACCAUAUUUUUGACCCCGUUAAAAACCAUACAGACCACGAGGUGUGUUUCCUAGACAUUGCUUACGAUGAAAUUCCUGACCGUUACUACAAGAUGUCAGAGGACCUCAGGUACUUUGCAUCAGUGAAGACAGGUCGUGGGCCACUGAAGGAGCUCUGGAGAGAGGAGUUCACGCCAGUCAUGUGUUCGUACAAACAAGUCACCGUCAAGUUUGAGGUCUGGGGACUUCAGACUAGAGUUGAGCAGUUUGUUCAGAAGGUUAUCAGGGAUAUUUUGUUAAUUGGGCAUCGGCAAGCAUUUGCCUGGGUGGAUGAAUGGUGCGACAUGACGAUGGAUGAAGUCCGAGAGUAUGAGAAGCAAACUCAGGAAGCUACGAACGAGAAGAUCGGGAUCAUGGCCCCCACCAUCUCCUUCAGCGAUGCCGCACAGCCGUCCGCCACACGCAGCGCCCCCUCCAGCGCUCCGUCCACGCCGCUCAGCGGGGAGCCCCCCGAUUUCCUCAGCGUGCCCAAAGACAGGCCAAGGAAGAAGUCAGCGCCAGAAAUGUUGACCCUCCCCGAGCUGAGAGAGAGGGCAGCCUUGGAGUAACUUCGGGGGAAAAUCGGGAAUCGUCCCCGAUUCUGCCAAGUUUCAGCGGCUGCGUUUAUCCAACGCCGCUUCACUGAAACGAACCAUCUCUGUUUUUGGGGGUUCUUCAACGCUUUCAUCUGUUAAAAGAUACCGCACUACGGUAAACCUGCAUCAACAUUGACCACCUGAAUCAAUUAGCAUCUUAAUUUUAGCUAAAGACAUGGGGUGAGGGUUAUGUUCCCCUAACAGGACUGCUGUAUCUUAUCGCAUUCUCUUUAUCAUUCCUUGUUCAGAGUUUCAGGCAGAAUCACAACAUUGCGGCAGCACGAGCCUACACUGCAUUCUGUCAGAUCAGUGCGUGUCGCUGGCAGUGCUCCUGCCCAGGUGAAGCUAAGCUCAUGCUGGGAGAAACUAGUUGGAGUUCACCCUCAUCUGUCUGCAAAUCGAUGAGGACAAGUCAAACAGGCAAUACCCAUCACACCGGACGCUUGCUUUUAAUGUGAAAGGCACUAUAUAAAUACAACUUGUUGUUAUUACCUUCCUGUUGAAUGGGAUUGUAAUAAGUAAAAAAGAAUCUUCUAAUAUUAUAAUAACCUUUGCAUUUUAUGCAGCACCUUAUCACA